CUUUCUAGAUAUUUCUGAUGCUGAGAUUGAUGACUUUGUACCGGAUUGGUUUUGGAACAAGUUACAGUCUAUAAGUGAGUUGAACAUGUCUAGCAACAGUCUCAAAGGUACAAUUCCAAAUCUACCAAUCAAGCUUACUGAUGUUGAUAGAUUUAUAACUCUAAAUUCAAAUCAACUUGAAGGUGAAAUUCCUGCUUUUUUAUCACAAGCGUACAUGUUGGAUCUUUCCAAAAAUAAGAUUUCAGAUUUAAAUCCGUUCUUGUGCGGAAAAGGUGUAACCACAAAAAUCGACACAUUGGAUUUGUCAAAUAAUCAAAUAAUGGGACAGCUGCCUGACUGUUGGGAACAUCUAAUUUCAUUAGCAUAUCUUGAUCUAAGUGAUAAUAAAUUGUCAGGGAAGAUUCCACAGUCCUUGGGUACUCUUGUUAAUUUGGGAGCUUUGGCCUUACGAAACAACAGUUUAACUGGAAAGCUACCAUUCACAUUGAAGAACUGCACAAGUUUAUAUAUAUUAGAUGUGGGUGAAAAUUUGUUGUCUGGUACAAUACCAUCAUGGAUUGGAAAAAGUCUACAACAAUUGGAAAUCUUAAGCUUGAGAGUAAAUCGCUUCUUUGGAAGUGUUCCUGUUCAUCUCUGCUAUUUGAUGCAAAUUCAUCUCUUAGAUCUUUCAAGGAAUCACUUGUGUGGAAGAAUUCCAACGUGUCUGAGGAAUUUUACUGCAAUGAUGGAAAGACCAGUAAACAGAUCUGAAAUUGUAGAAGGCUAUUAUGACUCUAAGGUCUCAUUGAUGUGGAAAGGCCAGGAACAUGUGUUUUUCAAUCCCGAGUAUCUUUUAAUGAGCAUUGAUCUCUCAAGUAACAACUUAACGGGUGAAAUACCGACAGGGUUUGGGUAUUUACUUGGAUUAGUUUCUUUGAAUUUAUCAAGAAACAACUUAAAUGGAGAAAUUCCUGACGAGAUUGGGAAUUUAAAUUUGUUAGAAUUUCUCGACUUAUCAAGAAAUCAUUUCUCAGGCAUAAUUCCUUCUACUCUUUCCAAAAUUGAUCGUCUUUCUGUGUUAGACUUAUCAAACAACAAUCUGAUUGGAAGAAUCCCCCGGGGAAGACAGUUGCAAACCUUUGACGCCUCUACUUUUGGAGGAAAUCUUGGUCUUUGUGGUGAGCAACUUAACAAAAGUUGUCCUGGAGAUGAGACAAUAGCAAAGCCUCAAGGACUAGCAAUUGAUGGUGAAGAUGACAAUUCAAUUUUCUAUGGAGCAUUAUACAUGAGCUUGGGGUUUGGAUUCUUCACAGGCUUUUGGUGCUUAUUGGGGACAAUACUACUUUGGCAACCAUGGAGAAUUACUUAUAUGAGAUUCUUGAACAGACUGACAGACUAUAUAUUUGUAACAAUGGAAGUAAAUAUGGGGAAGUGCUAUAGGUGGCUCACAGGCUAGUAGCCAGUGUGGCCAUGAUUGCCAUUAAAACAGAUUUUGAGAAAGGUUGAAGGAAGUUAUAUGGUUAGAGUGUGACUCCUCUUUGGUGGUUUCUUCUUUCAAAUCCCUUCAUAUUGUCCCUUGGCAAUAAUUACACAAUCGCUUUAACAAUUGUUUGCUGCUGACACAAUCCCUUUAACAAUUGUACUACUUAUUAGCCUCUGCACAUCUUGUGCACGACACCUUUAAUUUAUUCUGCCAUGGAAUAAACCAAUAUUUCUUGUUUGAACGAAA